AUGCCUGUGAAUCCUGUGGUUCCUGCACAGACGAAUCAGCCAGUCCUUCCUCCGGCUCCCAUUCCUGCACCUGCUGUCCUCGCCACUCCUUUCCCACUCUCAUUGUGGCCAAACCAGCAAAGGUUUGGGCUUCAUGGUAUCGUUAUCCUGGACAGUACCUCCAAAUGCGCCACCCCGACUGGGGCCUCGGAUUGUCUCGAUCCAGAUGAGUUGAUGCGGCAGAUGCGGGAGAAUGUCGCGGUCCUGGAGGAAAGAUACAGGAUUAUGAAGGAGGUUCUUGUGGGUGACCCAGAGUAUGAGAAAAAGUUGGAGGAGUGGAAAGAGAAGAUUGAUAAGCAGUGGGAUGAGAUCUGGAGCCGCCUCUAUCAGCGCCACGAUCUGUAG